CAUGUUUCGAAAAACAUUUUCUCCAAAUCAAUAUUAAUUUAAUGAUGAAAAAUCGAUCAAAAAUUGAAAAAAAUAAUGUUACGAAACAUAUCAAGAAUACUUUAUUCAUCGAAAUAUCUUUUCUGGACAAACACAGCAACCGGUAUGAUAUUUUUCGGUACAGGUGAUAUGAUUGUACAAAAAUAUAUUGAUAAACGUUCGAAAAUUGAUUUGAAUCGUAAUGUAAAUUCUUGUAUAGCCGGUACAUAUAUGGGAUCAAUAAGUCAUUUUUGGUAUGGAUUUUUGGAUCGUUGUUUCCCGGGUACAAAUCGUAAAAUGAUAAUAAAAAAAUUAUUAUCCGAAGCAAUUGUUGGACCACCAUUUGCAACAACAUUAUUUUUUAUUGUUGGAAAACUUGGCCAUAAAUCUAAUCAACAAAUUAUCGAUGAUAUUCGUGAAAAUUUUAAAUAUCUUUUAAUGGCCGAUUGGUUGUUCUAUAUACCGUUACAAUUUUUUAAUUUUUAUUAUUUACCAACAAAAUAUCGUGUAUUAUAUGUAUCAAUGUUAUCAUUAGUUUAUGAUUCAAUACUAGUCUAUGUUUUACAUCGUAAUCAUAAUGAAGAUUUUGAUUCAAAACAAAAAAAAACUGAAGAUUUCCAAAAGCAACAAAAAAAUAAACGAGAUAAAGAUGAAGAAACUUGA